AAAAACUUAUGUUGGGAUAAUGUGGCAAUUAGAGAGAAGAAACGCUAACUUUUCAUCUGUGUCUCGGAGGAUAGUCAUUAUUACAGCUAAAAGUUGUAUGUGGCUGUAUCAUUUUAAAUUGUGUGGAGCCAACCCCUUUACUUUCUAGUAAAUAUAACUCAAGGGUGAUUUAUUUUCAAAACCAUCUUCUUCUGAAAUUUUCUUUUAGCCACAGAAAAACAUAUCAGCAGCACAAGAAAUAUCGUCCUCAAAGGAUCCCUGAAUACUCUCUUAAACAACAUCAGCACAUGUAGAUGGUUAUCUUUCUGGCAAGACUAAAAAUUUAAAAGACUGCCUUUAAAGAGUCUAGAAAACUUUUUUAAACAUCUGUAUCAAUGAUCAUCUUCACAACAGAUUCACUCGCACAGAUUGACACUUCAAUUUAACCAUGAAAUACUUCAUCUGUGUUAGAUCACUUUUUGCUAUUUUAAGUUAAGUUAGCUAGUGGAGUUAACAAAGUAUUUAAUCUUAUAAUUGCAUGAAUCUACCCUGCAGCACAUGCAAAUAAAAAAGUGGUCAGAGGUCAUCAAGUGGCAACUUUAGUUUGUACCAAUAACAGAAAAUGAGACUUUAUGGACCAUGAGAAAGAAGAUCUGGGAAUGAUAUAUUUUUAAUAACUUUGUGAAUCCGUGAAACCCACUUGGUAUAUAAAAAAAGAAAUGAAUGAAGUCACAGGAAAUAGGGAAACUCAUGGGAAUAGAAAGUAGAAUUUUAGUAUCAGUGGAUUUUGUCUUUAAUAUAGAUUUGUCAACUUAUAAAAUAAAGCAGGAAAGUCAUAGAAAACUCCAAAAAGUGCCAAGAAUGUCAUCUAGGAAACCUUUUAAUCUCUCAUUAAAAGAUGCUGGUGUUUGUCGCCUGAAACAUUUUUUCAAUGGAUGGACACGGCAGCUACCACAGAGAGUGUGCUGAAGGUGGACAGCUGCAUCCUGACUAGGGAAAGAAAACACGUGGGUAGUGUAGAGGAUAUAGUGGAAGAUGUGUAGUUUGUGCAUCUGCCUCACUGUGAUGUUGGUGCGUAUUGAAAGGGAUCUCCACUUCACUGCUCUUCACAGCGACUGGCCACAGGGAAGGGGGAGUGGUUUCUCACAGUUAACUAAUCAGAGGGGCCACGGGCAGCUCAAACAAGUGGCUGGGGGCUUGAUGAAAGGCGAACACAUGCAGUCUGGCACCGGUAACCUACGGGAUUGACACACUACCUCUAAUUCCUGAUGGCUUUUUCUCUUCUUCACUACUGAGUGCUGAUAAAAGGAAUCUGCAGAACCUCAAGAGGACCGUUGAUGCUGUUGCUCCAACCCCUGAGAGAAGAUUAAGGAAAACUCGAAAAUCUUUGUACUUACUCUAUUUUUUGGUAAAUAGUUCCACUAUGAAAAUGUUGAAUGUGGACUUGCUGGUUUUAAGUAUCUGCCUUGGUAUGGGGACAGGAUAUAAGAAGAAUUCAGACGCUAUCGUUGGCAAGAGACAAUAUCAGAUCCAAAACGGCCCGUGCAGCUACACCUUUCUGCUGCCAGAGCAGGAAAACUGCCAAACCCAGAGCAGCUAUAAUCCAGUUCAAAAGGAUGGCCCCGGAGACAGCGACGAGUCGGCUCAGAGGCUGGAACAGCUGGAGAUCAUCAUGGAGAACAACACACAGUGGCUACUUAAGCUGGAGAACUACAUACAGGACAGCAUGAAACAGGACAUGGUACAAAUCCAACAGACUGCUGUGCACAACCACACAGCCACAAUGAUUGAGAUUGGAACAAACAUACUGAGUCAAACUGCAGAGCAAACAAGGAAACUGAUUAACGUGGAGGCACAGGUAAUUAGUCAUACAACUCGACUUGAGCGACAACUUCUUGAGAAUUCCUUGUCAACCAACAAUUUGGAAAAACAACUAAUAGUCCAAACAAAUGAAAUAAACAAGUUGAAUGACAAAAACAGCGUCCUGGAGAAGAAGGUGGAAGAGAUGGAGGAACAGAGGCAGGUGGAGCUGAAGACGCUUCGAGAAGAAAAGGAGCAGCUUCAGACUCUAAUACAGAAGCAGACAGCCAUCAUAGGCCAGCUGGAGCAGCAGCUGCUCAAAGUCUCCUCUAACAACACCGUCCUGCAGCAUCAGCAACAGGAGCUGCUGGACACCGUGAACAACCUCAUUCACACCCUCUCUAUCGGCACAGCUCGAGAGACUACAACUGCCAUGAUGCAGGAUACUCCCACCACAUACAUGGACUGUGCUGCUGUCUUCAAGUCCGGAAACACCCAGAGUGGAGUCUACACUCUCACAUUACCCAACACUACGCUAGAGGUUAAGGCUUUCUGUGACAUGGAGACGGAGGGAGGUGGCUGGACAGUACUACAAAAACGCUUUGACGGGCGUGUUGACUUUCACCGUACGUGGCAAGAGUAUAAAAAGGGGUUUGGAGAAGCUUCAGGUGAAUUUUGGUUGGGAAAUGAAUUUGUCUCCAGACUGACAAAUCAACAAUCUUACAAACUAAGGAUCCAGCUGAACGACUGGGAAGGAAACUCUGGAUUUUCCCAAUAUGACCAGUUUACUCUUGAUGGUGAAGCACAGAAUUACAGGAUACACCUUAAAGGCUUCAGUGGAACAGCAGGCAAAAUAAGCAGCAUUGGGCAGCCAGGAAGUGAUUUCAGUACAAAGGAUGCAGACAACGACAAAUGUGUUUGCAAAUGUUCACAACUGACAACAGGGGGUUGGUGGUUUGAUGCCUGCGGUCCAUCCAAUUUAAAUGGAAUGUAUUACCAACAAGGUCAAAACUCAAAUCGCUUCAAUGGAAUCAAAUGGUACUACUGGAAAGGCUCAGGCUACUCACUGAAGUCCACCACAAUGAUGAUCAGACCGGCAGACUUCUCAGGUUCCCUUUGAAUGGUCACUCUCAGAUAAACAGCGACUUACACCAAAACCAAAAGUAAAAAUUCUCAAGGGAUCCAAAGCACUUCAUGAUGAUAUUUCAAGUCACAUUUUGUGCUUGUCUAUGUGUUUAAUGAUUUGAACCAAAUGGAUUAUUGCAAAAAAAAAAUUGUGAAUCAUGGACUGUCAAACUAACAAUGACAAAUGUGUAUAUUGAAAAUAAUUCAGACUGGGGUGUGUGUAGACAACUAUAGGUAUUAGUAUUUACACUGAGUAACAGCUAGCUAACCAGACAGAAGAGAAGAUUUAUUGAAAGAUUUUCAUAUUAUGAAGCAUCAGUUUAACUAUGUUUUCUAUCAUAGCUGCCUAUGUCAUUGUAAAAAAGAGACUAUGGUACAACAUACAAAUGGGUGGUUAAACAAUUGGCUCCUUAUUGUUAUUUGCUCUGGAAAUGUUUCUGUUGAAUGCAAAUGUAAAAUACCACAUAAAAUGUUUCAGUUAAGAUAACAUUUUCUUGCAGAGAAUGUAUGUACAUUUGUUUAAUUUAUGUGUAGAUUCAGAGGAUGAUAUUUAAUGUUAUUGUAAAUGAUAGCGAUUUUUUUGCAUUCUGUUGCAUUCUCACUCAAGAAUUUCAUCCUGAAUGCUAGUUCAUAGCUAGUUAGCAUUUAUAUUGCACAUAAACCAAGAGGAAUUUUUAAUAUAAUAGUUUUUGCAGUAUCUUUUUGCAGUGUUUUGGAAAUGUAUUUUUUUAUUUAUGUAAUGUUUCAUUAGAAUCUACAACAAACUGAUUGUAUGAGAUUAUUAACAAGUCAAGUCAAGUCGUUUCUUGCCAUUAAACACAGACUUUAAGUUUGCUCUACCAGUCAUUAUAUACCUGAAGUUGAAUAUUUAAUACAACCACAAAGCAGAUCGCUUAAGAUAUAAACCUUAACUCAGAAGUCUUUUUCUACCUGGUAAAUGCACAAUGACCAGAUCACUACAAUCUUUUCAGCAGUGUUCUACCUUUCGUACAUCUAGUUCAAAAUAAAUAAUAAAUUCAAAAUGCUCCAAACUUGCAUUGUUUGUUGUUGCUUUUAAGGUCACUAACCACAGUAUAACUACACAUUUAAAUCUUAAUUUCCAAAUCUUCAGAAGAGUGAUGAGGGUACAGCCCAUAAUGGUCAAUAUGGA